GUAGCCUAGACAACUGGCAAGUUUGAUUCCUACAGAAUUAAGGCAAAGGGAUAGAGCCAAGCGAAAAUAUAGUCAAGGGAUAUGCGAGUUGAGAGUGAUUUAUUUGGUAUCAUAUAAUUCUUCCUCUUCUUUUUUUUUUUUGCUCCCUAUCAUUAUAUAAAGACACAUCACGUACCUAUCUAGCUACCUAUAUCUUUACAAACUCUCACAAACCAAAGAUUAAUCCAUCCAUUGAAGAAUGAACAACACAUCCACCUCUGAGUGCAGCAGUGGCUGCGAAUCCGGGUGGACUACGUACUUGGACCACCUCUCCAACUCCACAUAUCCGUACACACACCAACCCAAAGGAUCAGCCAAUGUGCAUGAUCAUGAUCAUGAUGACGACGAUCUUUCUAUGGUCUCGGAUGCCUCAUCGGGGCCUCCCCAUUUGCACCCCCCUCCGCCUCAACGAAAUCAGAAAACUAAAACAAAAGAGACAAAGUUGAAGUCCAAGAAGAAGCAACAUAGCUUGUGCCUUGAUGACACUGCUAGCUCCCCUUUCUUGCAUUUCUCUCAGGGCAAUGCAGUCCCACCUGAAAAUCAUCACUCAAUUUCUACUGCACAUUUUGAGGAAGAGAGGAUGACAAAAAUGAAAGUGGGAUUCUUCAAAUCAUCAGGCAGUUUGCUGGGAAGAAAAAGGCAGUAACUAAGAAGCCAUAUGUAUUUUUUUUCUUUUUUCUUUUUCUCUGUUUAUUCUGUGCUUCAAUUUCUCAAGAAAUUAAGUGGCAGCUGAAAUUCAAAUCUAAACACCUAUGUUCCAUCUCUCA